AUGCCCACACGUAGACGUUCUUGCAAACAAUGUCGCGACCGCCACGUUAAAUGCGACCAGCAGCAGCCAUGUGGCAUUUGUCGACGACGCAAAGUACAGUGCUCCCACGGUGACGAUAUCCUCUUCACAGCCUUGGAAUGGAAACCCGAUACGGAGCCGAGCCCGAGCUCGACGGCAUGGGAACAGAGGCCCAGUCCCGCUCGCAUCGUGGGCUUCGUCGAUGAGACAUUCCAAGUGUCCCAGCUCUACCAUGUCCUGCCUUGCAAUGCCACCGAUGGCGAUCUGGGCGUCUCCAAGACAAAUCCAAAGGGACACGUCUUCUCGCUGGCUUCCACACACACGGGAGCCGCUCCGAUCACCGAUGAAAAGGAUGCAUUCUAUUUGGCAAGGUACACUGACAUCAUCGGGCCUAGAUUCGAUAUGUUUGACAGCACAUCUCGAUACUUCUCUCUCGCCCUUCCACACAUAGCUCUCAGCAACCGCCUCGUGCUUCUCUCUUGCCUCGCAUCUGCCGCCAGACAGUAUUCGCUCGUCACAGACCGCGGUCAUCACGAUGCUCUGGUGUACUACAACGAAGCUCUCAAGACAUUAUAUGAGCGCCUAAACGAUAGUGGGCACGAGGCAGCGACCUUUGCCAGUUGUUUGCUCAUUGCCCACUGCGAGAUGGUUGAAAGUAAAGCGAGCGACUGGAACUUGCACCUAAAGGGGACGGGGGAGCUGGUCAUGAUGCACCACUGGAACGGCCGAAGCGGAGGACUGGCACAGGCGAGCUUCUGGAUUUACUACCGCAUGAUCAUCCUUGCUUCCCUCGCAUCCGGUAUGUCGGCGGCAGUGAACUUGGGACAGUUGCUACCCUUGGGAUACUUUCCUGGUCCCCCUGGGGAAUGGACCCUCGAUGCCUGGCAAAGCAAAGUCGUCUAUCUCCUAGGGUCCACCCACAGGUUUUGGGCCCGAACACGCAAUCAUCAAGACGACGCGGAUGCGCUAGACAAGCUUACAGCCGAGUGGAAUAGCCUCGGCGAUCAACUGUUGCGGCAUCAAGACCAAGCACCGGCCAUGUGCCAGGCGUUGAGCACCAUCCCAGCAAAUGAAGAUAGCCCAUUCGAAACCGUUCGCUAUGUCAAUGGUCCGGUGUCGGCCGCCUGGCAGAUGUUGCAUACUGCAUAUCUGGUCCUCACCCUCUCUCAGCCUUGUCCUCGAGCCGCCCGGCUGACGCUCCUCUCUUCGCCCGAGGUGGCGCACAAGGCCUUGUCAUAUGCCAGGAAGAUCGUGUCCAACUCGAUAGCGAAUCGCUGCACGAUCGCAUGGGCCAACGCUGUUCAACUGCUGACGAUGGCGGGGCAGUGUCUUGUAGAAGCGAAGGAGCGGCAAGCAUGCUUAAGGGCGCUCGACGAUAUCCAGCAUCACACGGGGUGGAACACUCGGGUGAACAUGGAGACACUAUCUGCCACAUGGAGACGGGGGACAAUAGAUGGCGGAGUCACACGUUCUAGGGGGGCUGACACGGUGCAUGGACAUGAUGGCGAUUUGGGAAGGUUAUUAUAUAUCACAUGGAUGGCCGACGAGGCUGUCGUCUCCUAG